ACAAUGAGUCUCUCCGCGAAAGACAAAGCUAAUGUGAAGACUUUCUUCGCCAAGGCUGCCCCCAAGGCAGCAGAUAUUGGCACUGAAGCCCUGUCUAGGACACUGACUGUUUACCCUCAGACGAAAACUUACUUCUCCCACUGGAAAGAUCUGAGCCCCGGUUCUGCUCCAGUGAGGAAACAUGGGUUGACUGUGAUGGAAGGCGUUCUCAGUGCCGUGGAGAAAAUGGAUGAUCUCGCUGAGACCCUUCUUCCACUCAGUGAGCUGCACGCCUUCAUUCUGCGAGUGGAUCCUGCCAACUUUAAAAUCUUUUCCCAUAACCUCCUGGUGGCACUGGCGAUGUUGUUUCCAGAUGACUUCACACCCGAGGUCCACGUUGCAGUGGACAAGUUCCUCACCCAAGUCAAUCUCGCCCUGUCUGAAAAGUACCGCUAA